CUCGCCCCUGCGGAUCCCAGGCCCCCUCCUUGGACCGCGCCGCGCGCCGAGCGCAUCGAUCGCAUCGAUCGAUCCGGGUUCAGCCUGGCUUCUCUGCUCAGUCCCGGACGAGUCGGACCCAGCUCGCCGCUGCUGGAUACCCAACCCAGCCUUGUGUACCCUCACCCCCGGUUCUGGAACGAGUCGGGCCGAGGGUGGAGUCAGAGUCCAGUGCUCGCCGCUGCUGAGAGACCCUGGUUAGAGCAAGGGGAAGAAGAGGAGAAGUGAAUCCCGGAAAGUUAUUGGGCCUUAGGGGACCGGGAGCUGACCAGGACCUUUGUGCAGACCCCACACCGAUUCUUCACACCCUGCCCCGACGGCACGUGGGUUCAAGCAAGGGGUCCAGGGGCGCCCUGCGUCUGUCCAGGGAUUAGGAAUGCGGGUGGGACAGGUAGAGGCCAGGUGUGAGGGCUGCCCCGCCUAAAGUUUUAGUUUCGGGCAAUAUGGAGUCACCUCUCCAGACUGAGCAGUUCUAGUGCCCCAGAGAAAGUGGAUUUGAACCUCAACCCUAUGACCAUGGCCCAUUGGCAGAUUCCCCAGCAGAGCAGGACAGGUGUUGUGACCUUGGAGUCCACCUACCAUUCCCACUACACGCAAACUGGGGAUCCAGAGAGGACACAGACUCCCUGCUGGAGGAAUCAGAGGCAAACAGAAUGGGCAGAUUUGACAGCUGGCGAUAUGACCAGCACCACGGGUCACUCUAGGAUACAGAGACCAGUAUGUUUGGAGACAGAAAGUCUUGAUCCUCCACACACUUCCUCCUGAGGGCCAGACAACACCCUGAUCAUCCCCUGGUCUUAAGACUUCUAGCCCACCCCUUCCUUCCUUCCUUCCUUCCUCUUGGCCAAUGGCUGACCCUUUCUAGCCUUUCAGAGUACUCCUGGAUGAAUCAACUCACCCUCUUGGCCUGCCCCUCCUGUGUUCUUAUAGGGAAACAUAUUGGUGGUUGGGGUACACUACUCUCUUAAGGUCCAACUAUCUCCCUCAGGCCCUGGCAAGGACCCCAAACCCUGACUCCCUCACCUCCAUCCUGGCCCCCAGAAAGAGGGGUUGCUAAGGACCAAUCUAGUGCAGGUCCACAGUGGGAGACCAUAGACAUCCUUUUGCCGGUAUUAGGGACAGGCAGGAGUCCAUAGUCAAGGGUUAAGUGGAGGGAGGAUAGGCAUCAGGAUGGCCUGGGCUGCCUUGGACUGUGGCCAGUCUGAAUGUGUUGUCAGCCCAGCAGCCUCAGGUGACCAUGGACCCUUCACAGGGUGUCUCAGUUCCACAGGCCCUGCGGAUGAUAGGAACCACAGCCAUUGCGGGGUGAGGAUGUCAAGACCUAGUCAGCAAUGAUCUGUGCUGGCACUGUGGAGAGGAGAGGAAUCAGAAGCUCACUUGUCUCCACCUUCAGCAGCUUCCUCGCUGCCUAGAACAGGACAACCUCAUUCUUGCUCUGGACCUCUGCACUUGUUGCCCUGGGAUCACUCUGCAGCUCCCAGUUUUGGGGACUCAGCUGAGCUCUGCCUUUAGGCCUCAGACCAGACAUGACCAUUGAUUCUGAAGCAGCUCCUGCCUGACUCCCAGCGGAAUAUAAUCCAUGGAAGAGGAAGCCUUCACCUGCCUGUUACUGGUGCAACUGCCUUCUUGGUUACUGGGUAUCAUCAUCACAGUCCCAGGCAGACAGCAGGAUCAUGACCUGAGCUGAAGGCAGACACCCAACUGACUGAGCCACCCAGGCGCCCCCAGAACAGGUUAUCUAACCUGGCUUAGUCAUCAACGAAUGUUACCUGGAAGAAGAAUCAUUCGAGAUGGAUCUUGAAGAAUGAGUAGGAAUUUGCCAGGAAAACAAAGGGAUGAGUAGGUGGGUGGGUGCUCCAGGUAGGGAGCUUAGUAUGUGCAACAGCCUGGAGACCUGAACAAUCACAGUAAGUGUCUCUGGGGCACAGGGUGGGUGGGAGUGGAACAGAGAGGUUGGAGGUCUUGAAAACCAAGCUUAAAAACGGCCUCUGUCCAGGAAGCCAGGAGCCACAAAGAUGCUCAAACCAGAGGGAGGCGGCCUCAAGGCCCUUCUCUUUUCACUUCUGUCCUGGAGCAUUGCCCCCGGUUGGGCUCUCCUGUGCAAGUUCCUCCUCCCAGCCCCCAACGCCUGGUUCGGGCGACAGGGUCAGUGCGCCCUCUGGUGGGUACUCAGCGAAGAUUCGGCAAAGGCGCGCAGCUGGGAACCUGGGUGGAACCCAGUGCGCUGGCACUGGAGGCCCAGGAGAUAAGGGUAGCUGCGGAUGGUCAAGUUGCGGUCCACUGGGCCGCAGAGGGUGUGGAUGGGCCUGAGCCGGCGAGUGUAGAUCGCCGCAGUGGAUCCCACAAGGCAUCCAGCGUAGAAUCCUCUCCCACAGUGGGAUAUUUUCUGGCCUGGGAGGGAAAGAGGGCCCUUUUACACCACUCCUGGACGCCCUGCAGGUCCAAAUGACCGGCCACACUCCGGGGCCCCCAUGAGGACCCCCACCCGGUAUCUGCGCCGACCUUCACGUACCCGCUGCUGGAGCUGCUGGAGCGCCAGUUGCCUCCAUAGCAGGCCUCGAGGGGCUGAGAUAAGGAUGGGAUUCCGCGAGUAUGUGGCCUGGAUCACAGGACCAAGUUCCUUUCCCCCAAGUACCUGAAUUAUAGUUUGGGAAACGCUACGGGCUGGACCUUUGGAGCCUUGCUCACCCCUUUCACGUAUGUUAUCUUCAAUUCAUUCAUUAACGAUUUAUGAACCCUAGUAGCUGGGUUGGGGUGGGGGACACUGCCCAGUGAAAUACAGGAAAUCUCAUACCACAGUGGGGGCCCCUGCUACAGAGGGAGGUACCUUCAGAGAAAAUCUGGAAGAAGAGCAGGGGUUAACUAGGACAAGGGAUGGGUUGGGAGGGGAGGAAAGAGCUCAGAUGAGACUCCUAGAGGAAAAGACCGGUAGCCCCAGGGAAGGUUACUAGUGCUGAAAGUUACUAGGCUGAUGAUGCAAAACAAAGCACUUAAGACAACCAUUCAUUCGUUCAUUAAGUCUUGAGCAAGUUUACUACAAGCCAGGCGCAAUGAUAAGCCCUGGGAAUGAGCCUGUCCUCCGGGAUCUGAGUUCAGGGCGGAUGUGGUGUAAGGACACAAUAAAUGAUUUAUUGUCAUUUAUUAUGAAGUUACUUUAGUGUUGGGGGAAAGGAGUGAGGGUUGUUUAGUAUUAAUGCUGUGAUCUGGGAGGAUCCAUCUGAAGAUGAGUAAAGGAGCUCAGCAAAGCAGGGGCUCUAGCGUUAUUUUAAUGAAUUUAGUUUUUCAAGAAGAGUCCAAGCAUCGGGAAUUGUCAUGCGGUUGGAGAUGGGCGGAGUUGCCCCCACGCUGCCAGGAUGGCUCGAGAUGCCACACUGGAGAGGUCACCUCAAGAAGGCGGCUUCCCUGAAGACCUGACCUCGAGACCCACGCUGAAGGAAGAAUAGGGAAGGGCCUAGCGUGAAGGUCUAGAGGUUAAAUGGAUGGGGGCUCCGGGAAGGCUGAGACCGAGAUCGAGUUAGCUCUCAGAUGGCAAGGUGGUGACGCCGGACUGUCCUGUAGAAGCCGGAGCCCAGACAGGAGCCCGACAAGGAGGGAUGCUCGCCAAGGAGUUUUAGGAGAGCCCCUAGGGUGAGGAGGCGUUGGCCGCAAAGGCGUGGAUGAAGGCCCAACUCCGCCAGGCGCACGCGCGCUUCAGGCUGGGCAGGGGAGGAGCCUUACUUCACUGUUGGGCCCCACCCCCAAACAAAUAUUUGACAUUCCAGGCUUAUCUAGAGCGGAGCUGGACCCGAAGAGCGACUUUCCCCCCUCCCACCCGGCCUGAUUGGCCUAGCGCUUCCGUGGGUGGGGACCAGCGGGCAGGCGCCGGAGUGGGCGGUCCGGAAAGGGGCGGGCCCCCGCCUAUACCCGAGGAAGCGCUCGUAACCCGAGGCUGCUGGAACACCUUUUUCGCACUCCCCGCAGACCGCCGAGUCCCGGCCCUUACUGGGCACCUCGGUCUCUUUAUCCGAUAGUGAAGUAGGGACGCGAUGAAGUGUGGGUUCAAUGGGCAAGGCCUCCUUAGCUCCCCCUCCACCGGGCUCUUUCUCCAUCGUCCGAACAUCCGGACGCAGCGCCCAGCUUUUCCGAAAGCGCGAGGUGCGGCUCCAGCUUCAGUGUCCGCGCGGGCUUGGCAACCCUACGUCCUUUCUUCCCGCCGGGUUCUUCAGUUUCUCAGUCAUAUGAAGGGGAGCACUUAGGGAAGUCCGGCGCGGCCUGGAAACGCGCCGUAAAGGAGCCUCACCAAGCACGACGGGGCGAAAGGGUGUUGGGAGCCCUCCAUGCGGGACUGUCCUUACUGAGUCCCUGGUCUCGCAUGGAGACGAGAUGGAGGAUAUGCAGCCCGCACGCGCACAUCACACGUUCGCCGCUAGCCCCCACCCGCCGGCGCGCUCACAUCUCCAGGCAACGGGCCCGUCGUCAGGCGGGGAGGGCGACGAAAACAGGCAGCGGCCUCCACGUGGGGUAGCGGUGAGGCUCCGGGCCCGGACCAUCGGGCUCAGCCCCGUCUAGAGGCGCUCUCUGGAGUUGGAGCGGGGCGCUUCCUGCUUCCCCAGCACCGAGGCCUGCACACCACCUAUUGUUUUGGCACCGCGGGCACAUCCCGGAGCCAGGCUAAGGCCAGGUCUUCACACGUGUGUGGACAAGCCCUGCCCCGUGACCUCUCGUCCCCCGACCUCAUCGCUCUAAGAACCUCUGCUGAUCCCCGACCCUCCCCCCCCAACCCAGUUGGCCUCUGGUGACCACCUCCCCCCAGGCCUCUGGGUGAUAGCCAGUAAUUCACCGCCCUCUUUGGUGACUUCUAUCAUCCCCCGGCCGGCCGUCGUGACCCCCAAAGCCCCUAGACUGCCUCCUGGUGAUUUUCACAAAUUCCAUGUGACCCCUGUGGACUGCAGAAGGCCCCUGUUUUUGCAUUUUUCUUGGCGCCGGCCUCAUGGUGGGGCGGGACGGAGAAGAGGACGAGAUCGAGUAGGGCAAGGCCCUCUGAUGGAGUGGGAGUCCGGGCCGUGAGCGCGCACCCAGGCCCGGCGUCUGAGCGCGCGCGCUCCGGGCGAGGCUCUAGCGGCCUUCCCCCUCUGUUCCCCGGGGCCGGCCUCGGUCACGUGGCCGGCGGGGCCGACAGGUAACUCGCCCGGAGAGGGCGGGGGCCAGUAGCCGCCCCGCCCCACGGGGCGCCGCGGGCGGGUCUCAGCAGCGCCCACUGCGCCAGCCGGGCCGCAGGUGCCGCCCCCGACACACGGUGUCCCGCCCAAGCUGAUUCGUGUCUGCCGUCGGCCGGGUGCGUGCGUGCGCCUCGUCGGUCCGCGUGUGUCUGGCCGAGCGCCCCCUUCCUCUGCGGCCAUGACUCCGCCGCCUCCCCAGCCGCCGCCCCCGGGCCCCAACCCCAUCUCAGACUCCGCCGCCGACCCCCGCUUGGGGCCUGGACCCCUGGUCGUACUGUUCGGAGCCACGGCUGGUGCGCUGGGGCCGGACCUGGGCUCCGACGAGACCGACUUGAUCCUCUUAGUCUGGCAAGUGGUGGAGCCGCGGAGCCGUCAGGUGGGGACGUUGCACAAGUCACUGGUUCGCGCCGAGGCGGCCGCACUGAGCCCGCAGUGCCGCGAGGCGAGCGGCCUGAGCGCCGACAGCUUGGCGCGGGCCGAGCCGCUGGACAAGGUGCUGCAGCAGUUCUCACAGCUGGUGAGCGGGGAUGUGGCUCUGCUAGGCGGGGGCCCCUACAUGCUAUGCACUGAUGGGCAGCAGCUGCUGCGACAGGUCCUGCACCCCGAGGCCUCCAGGAAGAACCUGGUGCUCCCCGACACCUUCUUCUCCUUCUACGACCUCCGCAGAGAGUUCCAUGUGCAGCACCCAAGCGCCUGCCCUGCCAGGGAGCUCACCGUGGCCACCAUGGCACAGGACUUGGGGCUGGAGACAGAUGCCACAGAGGAUGACUUUGGGGUCUGGGAAGUGAAGACGAUGGUAGCUGUCAUCCUCCACCUGCUUGAAGGGCCCAGUGGUCAAUUGUUUUCGAAGGCAGAGGUGGUAAAGCAGAAAUACGAGACAGGUCCUUGCAGCAAGGCCGAUGCGGUGGACAGUGAGACUGUGGUUCGGGCCCGUGGGUUGCCCUGGCAGUCCUCAGACCAGGAUGUGGCUCGGUUCUUCAAGGGACUCAACAUUGCCAGGGGAGGUGUAGCGCUCUGCCUCAACGCCCAGGGCCGCAGAAACGGCGAGGCCCUCAUCCGCUUUGUGGACAGCGAGCAGCGGGACCUAGCGCUGCAGAGACACAAGCACCACAUGGGCGUCCGCUAUAUUGAGGUGUAUAAAGCAACAGGAGAAGAGUUUGUCAAGAUCGCAGGGGGCACAUCACUAGAGGUGGCUCGGUUCCUGUCCCGGGAAGACCAAGUGAUACUGAGGCUACGGGGACUGCCCUUCUCGGCUGGGCCGGCGGAUGUGCUAGGCUUUCUGGGGCCCGAGUGCCCGGUGACGGGGGGUGCGGAUGGGCUGCUCUUUGUGCGCCACCCUGACGGCCGGCCCACCGGUGACGCCUUUGCCCUCUUUGCCUGUGAGGACCUGGCACAGGCUGCGCUGCGCAGGCACAAGGGCAUGCUGGGUAAGCGAUACAUUGAACUCUUCCGGAGCACUGCGGCUGAGGUGCAGCAGGUCCUGAACCGCUAUGCAUCCAGCCCUCUCCUGCCCGCACUCGCCGCUCCCCUGCUCCCCAUCCCCUUCCCACUGGCCACUGGGACUGGGAGAGACUGUGUGCGCCUUCGAGGCCUGCCCUACACAGCCACCAUCGAAGACAUCCUGAGCUUUCUGGGGGAGGCAGCUGCUGACAUCCGGCCCCACGGUGUGCACAUGGUGCUCAACCAGCAGGGCCGGCCAUCGGGCGAUGCUUUCAUCCAGAUGACAUCAGCAGAACGGGCCCUAGCUGCUGCUCAGCGUUGCCAUAAGAAAGUGAUGAAGGAACGCUAUGUGGAAGUGGUCCCCUGCUCCACAGAGGAGAUGAGCCGUGUGCUAAUGGGGGGCACCUUGGGCCGCAGUGGCAUGUCCCCUCCACCCUGCAAGCUGCCCUGCCUCUCACCACCCACCUACGCCACGUUCCAGGCCACCCCAGCGCUCAUUCCCGCUGAGACGGCCGCUCUGUACCCCUCUUCAGCACUGCUCCCAGCAGCCAGGGUACCUGCUGCCCCUACCCCUGUUGCCUACUACCCAGGGCCAGCCGCUCAACUCUACAUGAACUACACAGCUUACUACCCCAGCCCCCCUGUCUCCCCCACCACUGUGGGCUACCUCACCACACCCCCUGCUGCCCUGGCCUCUGCUUCCACCUCAGUGUUGUCCCAGCCAGGAGCCCUGGUCCGUAUGCAGGGUGUCCCAUAUACAGCUGGUAUGAAGGAUCUCCUCAGCGUCUUCCAGGCCUAUCAGUUAGCCCCUGAUGACUACACCAGUUUGAUGCCUGUUGGUGACCUGCCUCGCACUGUGCUACAGGCCCCCAAAGAGUGGGUGUGUUUGUAGGUGAGGGAGCCAGGAGGUAAGAGCUGGCUGUUGUCUUAUCAUGUCUGUCUCGGCAUCCAGAGAACCACUACCCUCAACCAGGUGGCUGCUUUCUGGGCUUGUCAGAGCUCUCAGAAAGCACCUAGAGGAGCUCAAGCCCCAGCUCCAUCUCCCGCUUUUUGCUCUGCCUGUCACCCCAAAGCUGCUGGCUGGACCCUGCAUGCAGGGCUGGGGGUGGAAUGGUGUUACCCUCCUCCCGAUGGCCUGAUCCGGGCCUCUCUGAAUAGCACCAGGAGAGCCUUUGGUCAGUUUUGGCUGUGCCCCAUACCCACAGAAUCUGUGGGGCUGAUGUCCAUAGCAGGCUGGCUGGCUUUUUAAAAAAUGUAAGCCCUGGUGCCUUCAACGUAUAACUCCUGGGAGCUUCUGUGUAAAGAUCCCAGUGUUCUGCCCUCCCCUUUCCCUUCUGCAGGGGGCAGGGAAGCAGAGAACGCUGGCCCCAGCCCCCAGGAUACUUGACCCUUAGUGGCCACAUUGUGCCUUGGGUCUAAGGGUAAUAGCUCUCCUCCAGCUUGGCACAAGGACUAUGAGGUGGCAAAAUCACAGGCUAUUUUGAUGGACUGCACUGCAAUAUCCCCAGAGGACACUAGGGGGCAGGAGGCCCUCACAGAAAAACUCAGGCUUGAAUUUUAAAGACUUUCUGCCUACUUUUUAUGCACACCUUGGGCAGGCCAGUUGUCCUGAACUCAGCAGACAUCGUGGAAUGUCCUUUGCACCCAUUAGAGGGUACAGAACUGAAGUUUCGGAAGGAAUUUGGAACUCUACUCACUCCUCCGUAAAAUAAACAAAGGUUCCUAACCAAGUGGACUUUUUAAAAGCCAAAGUGCCCUUAGCUUUGGACCCCAGAGUGUGGGGUUCCACACCUGCCCCGGGCAGAGGUAAACUCAGGCGGAUUUCCAGGACACUGUUAACCUGUCACCGUUUAUUUCAGCCCUGUAACUGAGGAACCAUGAAUUGCUGGCUCUCCCCUUUGUUACGUUGUGUAAGGAGCACUAGACUCCUAUACAAGGUUUUCAAAUACAAAGUGUGUAAAAAAAACACAAUUCUACGUGCUGUAAACACGGAACCAAUCCCUUAGCUAUCACCCAUUUUAUAAAAUAGAAGGUUUCAACUUGAGCCCAUCGGAGCCUUGAAGAUGACCAUCUAUUCUGAUUAUUAAAAGCAGGGCUCCAAGUCCGGUGCGGUGGGGGUGCCUGGGUGGCACAGGAGGUUCAGCGUCCCACUCUUGGUUUCGG